ACUGGGGCCAUGUGGAAGUGCCUGUCCAAAUAUGUCUGCAUCUUUCUCCUGCUGACCCUGUCAGGCCUCUUCUUCCUGUUCCGCAACAUCAACAUUCUGGAGGUGAGGAGGAAAGUGAUCUUCCCCCAAUACAAGUCCAAGCUUACUUCCAUCACAAUCUACCUGCAUUAGCCUACCACCCUUUCCCCCUUAGUGACCUCUACUCUCAUCCACAGUGGAAGUUGGACCUAUGCAUCUGGGACAUAUGCAGCGUCCACUCAGAGGGCCCUCCUCUCCUGGACCACAAGCAAAGCUGUAACCACCUGGGCCAGGAGCGCACACCUGAGGAGGCUCUGGAGGAGCAUUACCUCCUGGAGUCCAUUGCCUGGCCAGAGCCUCCGCCUCGGCCCACGCCUACACCCCUGGAACAGACCAGUGACCCUGCACACAGCCUGUUUGUAAUGCUGCCGGCAGUUGGUGGGAGAGAGUGGCAUGUGGGGGACCAGCUGGAGUUUCUGGUCCUUAUGAAAGAUUUCCAGGGACGUCCCAAGAGCCAUGGUGGGGACUUCUUGCUGGCUCGGCUGCACUCCCCAAAGCUGGGGGCGGGCGUUGCAGGACAGGUGGUGGACCACCAGAAUGGGACCUACUCUGCCAUUUUUCUGUUACUGUGGGAGGGGUCCGUACGAGUGGAGGUGACACUGGUUCAUCCUAGUGAGGCUGUUCAUGUUCUACGAAACUUACGUGAGGAACGGCCCGACCGGGUGCUUUACAAGAGCCUGUUCCGCUCUGGAUUACUUUCUGAGACCACCAUGUGUAACAUUUGCCUACCGACCAACCAGCAGCCGCUGUGCAAUUACACAGACCCCCACACGGGUGAACCCUGGUACUGCUACCAGCCCAAGCAGCUGCUGAGCUGUGACACACGGAUCAACCACUUCAGGGCAGGCUACCAGAAAGAUCUGAUAACCGACAAAGAAGCACUGCUCUUCCAGAGGUUAGUGUGGGGUAAAAAAGAGUGUGUGUGGGAAUGAGCGUAUGUUUGACCUUGGACCUAUGCAGCAUUUCUUCCAAUAUACAAUUACAGAGUGUGGUUCAGGUGAUUGUUAUUGCUUUCUUUUAAAACAUUUAAAAUGAUUCUCUAACUUUUUCAGUGGCGUAAACCUCAAAACACAUAUUCAUGCCAAGGGGUCUGACAGUGUCACUGUGCUGCCUAAGAAGAAAGGUAAAAUAAAUUGUUGCAGUGUGAAGACAAAUCUGAGAGUGUCUGUAAAGUGAUGGUAGCUGUUGCAUCAUGUCUCCUCUCGUAUUUCAGACAAACCUGAGGUGGAAAGCAGCCGUGCAAAGGCAGCGCCUGUCAGGACCACUCCCUCUGGGUAUUACUUCCAAGGGUCAUGGCAGUCACUGGGUGGUGUCGUGAUGCGCCAGUUUAAUGAUCCCACUGCCAUUACUCAGUGUUUGAAGGGCAAGGUGGUGUACAUGUAUGGAGACUCCACCGUUAGACAGUACUAUGAGUUCCUCACCAGCUUCUUGCCAGGUGAGUGCUGUUUGCCAAACCUAUUACAUCUCACACUCAGCUGUCUCAGGUGCGUUCAUAUUCUCUCUCUAGAUCAGUUUAUGCAGGGCUGUUGUGGAGCGGGUCGAGAGUCUCAAGUUCCUUGGCGUCCACAUCACUAAUGACCUAACAUGGUCCACACACACCCGCACAGUCUUGAAGAGGGCACGGCAGCACCUCUUCCCCCUCAGGAGGUUGAAAAGAUUUGGCAUGGGCCCUCGGAUCCUCAAAAAGUUAUACAGCUGCACCAUCAAGAGCAUCUUGACUGGCUGCAUCAUCACAUGGUAUGGCAAAUGCGGACAGCCCAGUACAUCACUGGGGCCGAGCUCCAUUCCAUCCAGUACCUCUAUAUCAGGCGGUGUCAGAGGAAGGGCCGAAAAAUUGCCAAAGACUCCAACCACCCAAGCCAUAGACUGUUCAUUCUGCUACCGUCCAGCAAACGGUAUCGGAGCAUCGGCUCUCGGACCAACAGACUCUGAGACAGCUUCUACCCCCAAGUCAUAAGACUGCUGAGUGGCCAGACUGCUAAAUAGUCAAUAAAUGGUACCCUAACUAUCUGCACUGACUCAAUUCUUCACUGACCCUACGCACACUCACUAGACUAUAUAUACACACACACCAUAUACACACUCACUAGACUAUAUACACAAACCAUGUGCACACUCACUAGACUAUAUACACAAACCAUAUACACACUCACUCACACAGACUACAUUGACACUCCCACACAAAACCCACACACAUUCACAUACACUACAUAUGCACACACACACAGACUGACACAACACAAACAAACAUAUAUACACAUUACACUAACGCAAACUCACACACACACAUUUUCUACAAUCAUCAUUUGCUGCUGCUGCUCUGUUCUUUAUUUUACUCUUAUUAUUAUCUAUCCUGAUGCCUAGUCACUUUACCUUGCCUUCUUGUACAUACUGUAUCUACCUCAAAUACCUUGUACCUCUGCACAUUGACCUGGUACUGGUACUCCCUGUAUAUAGUGUAGCUCCAUUCUUGUGUACUUUAUUUUACAGUUUUUUACAAUCACUUUGGCACUAAUUUCAGAACAUUGACGUCAUUUUUCAAAACUCUAAACGGUCAUCACUUGUAACACAGGCUGUCCAAUGUUCAAAACAUUGCAUUGUGCAUUCAUAUCUUUAAAGAAAUCUUGCACUUGCACUUGCACAAUCAUUGGUUCAAAAAACAAAUGUAUUGUGAAAUACCAAUGACAUUUUAAUUUAGAUCACCCACACACAAGCAACCGAUAGUUUCACUGUGUCAUUGUUCGUACAAUCAUUAAAUAUUGUAGUACAAAAUAGGUGAUACAUGUUUCAUUAUGGUACUACAUGUAAAUACAUCCCUGUAAAAGUACUGCAGUAGUAGAGAGAAUACCACAGACACAGUGGAAUCAUUGAACAAAAUCUGAAAUAUAUUGAUGAAAAACAAUACAGUACUGUAAAACAUUAAAUGCAGUGUUCCUCAACUUGCUUGCUUGUACUGUAAAAAGCAAAACAUAGGAGUGAUUACUGUACUUCUACAUUUUCAUCAACUCUGUCUUGUGGAUUUGGCCACAGGUUCUCAUCUACAUCACAAUGGAUGUUUUCAUUAGCCAAACAUCUUGGAAAAAACCUUGGCGAAUCCAGGCCUGACACUGGUCUGCCGUGAUGUCAUUGCAUGCGUCAUCCAUGGCCUGGAGAAGAGUGACUUGUUCAUGAGGGCGCCUAUCAUAAACCUUCCAUCUCCAUGUGGAGAAAAAUUCCUCAAUCGGGUUAAGGAAAGGAGUGUAUGGGGGUAAAUACAGGGUGGUAAAUUGUGCAUGGGCCUGAAACCAUGGUGGAACCUGACAUUAUCCCACACAAUGACAUAGGUCACGCCAUCAUCUCUACAGACCUGAUCGAGCUCAUCAAGGAAGGUUACAAGGAGAGCUGCAUUAUAUGAUCCAAUACGAGGUCUGCGUCCCACCACACCAUCUUCUGAUAUAGCCGCACACAUGGUAAUGUUGGCCCCACGUUGUCCAGGUACUUGGAUGGUUGCCCGCUGGCCAAUGAAAUUCUGACCUCUCCUCCUUGUCUUGGCCAGGUUAAAGCCUGCCUCAUCCAAAUAUAUGAAUUUGUGAUGGCUGUCAUCAGCAUCCAUCCUUUUGAAAGAAAUCCAGCCUUCUUGAAACUGAACAUACCUGAACAUACUCAGUCCUCAUUUGCUUAACUCUGUCUGCAUUUCUUUCAAAAGGCACACGGUAUAGUUGCUUUAAAGACACCUGGUGCCUUUUCAGCAUGCGUGCAAUAGUCGGCAAACCACAUUGUUAAACAUGUCUUCAUUGUCCAAGAUAUGCUGGCGAAUUUCUGUAAGGCGAAUAUCAUUUCUGGCCCGAACCUAAUCGACCACAGUCUGCUCUUGUUGGUCAGUCAGAAUUUUGCCUCUGCCUCCCCUAUUUGGCCUAGUCUCAAUUCUACAGGGAACACUACAGUAAGAAGACACUUGGUCACAUCACCUACUCUGUGAUACACAUUGGUAUGCAGUCAUUUGACAAAUGAGAGUAGCAUAAUGUGUAGUGCAUGCUGACGACUUACCGGUUCUCAUUGUGGAAAGUUCUGAUUAUUGAGGCCACGGUUGACCUUCUGAGGUUUGGUUGUAUCAUUGUAGCCGCCUCAGUCAUUGUCAUGCCAUGAUUUAUGACAUGGUCUACAACUAUUGCACGGAUUUCAUUGGACACUUGCUGUUGCUGCUGCUGUCUUGGUCCGUGGCCUUGUCCUCUACCACGUUCCCCCACACCUCUCAAACGAGGCCCACGACCACCUCUCAGAAGGGGUGCUUGUCCCCUGCCAUUCCUUUGACCAACACAUCUUCCUCGUCUUCCUCCCACCACUGCUUGACCUCUAUUGUGACCUGGAUCACCUGCCGGCUCCAUGUUACAGUACGUAUCGCUAUGUUGUUGCAAGUGGAUCCCAAUCAAUUCUUUAUAUACUCGUUCCACAAUGUGAAAUCAAUCAUCAGUAACGAGUUGGCAGAAUUUGACAAGCAAUUACAAGGGCCUGCAUCCAUACAGUGCAGUACUGUCAAUACUGUAAAUAGUCUGAAAAGGUGGUGCAUGGGACCAUAUAAAACGGUGUCUGAUAAGGAAUGAUGAUGAAAUAUUACAUCCAUAGAUAAUGUAGUCUAAUUGGUUCAUGCUCCACACUAAUUGGUGACAAUGAAUCUCGUUAUCUUGAAACUUUCAUGAUCUAAACAUGGAAUAUUGUUUGUCUGUUUCCAUACAACUAUGCAUUAAGAGUUAUUCAACAGUUACUUAUCAUUUUGAGCAGUUGUAUCAAUUGAUAAUUGGAUAAUUGUAAUGAAAUGAAUAGACACUCAUCUGAAAUGUAAUGUGUGAAUUGCCUUUUGAAAUAGUAGUACUUUGAUGUUAAGUUAUGUCAUAUUGAACACGUGAUUUUUGUUAAAUGAACAAAUGAUCUUAGUUUUAUGUGUAUUGUAUCCAAGCAAUUGAAAAAAGUGUUAGAGUUUUGAAAAAUGUGCAUUUUGAUCAUUGGUUGUGAGUUUUGUGUCUAGAGUUUUGAAAAAUGACAUCAAGGUUCUGAAAUUAGUGCCAAAGUGAUUGUAAAAAACUGUAUUCCUUGUGUUACUAUUUCAUUUUUAUUUUUUAACUCUGCAUUGUUGGGAAAGGCUCGUAAGCAAGCAUUUCAUGGCAAAGUCUACACCAGUUGUUUUCGGCGUAUGUGACAAAUAAAACAGUAUUUUAUUUUAUUUCAUUUAUACCUGGUUCUAACAUGCGUCCGUUGGCCAUGUUCUCGGCCAUAUUCUGAUUGUGCCCACAUGUCGACAGGUGUAGACAAUCAAAAGACGCAUUGUGAUCUGGUUGUGAUUAGAUCUUCCUGACCACCUCCGGAGGUAGUCAAAGACGCAUCUGUAAACGAAUCCAGACAACUAAAGGGUAUACAGUGUCUUCAGAAAGUAUUCAUAACCCUUGACUUCUUCAAUAUUUUGUUGUGUUACAGCCUGGUUUCAAAAUGGAUUAAAUAGAUUUUUUCUCUCAACCAUCUACACACAAUACCCCAUAAUGUCAAAGUGAAAAUAUGUUUUUAGAAAUGUUUGCAAAUGAAAUACAGAAAUAUCUGUAUUCACACCCCUGAGUCAAUACUAUGUAGAAUCACCUUUGGCAGCGAUUACAGCUGUGAGUCUUUCUGGGUAAGUCUCUUAAGAGUUUUCCACACCUGGAUUGUGCAACAUUUGCCCAUUAUUCUCUUCAAAAUUCUUCAAGCUCUGUCAAAUUGGUUCUUGAUCAUUGGUAGCCAUAGAUGUUCAAGUAAAUUUAAGUCAAAACUGUAACUAGGCCACUCAUGAACAUUCACUGUCUUCUUGAUUUUUUAUUUUAUUUUUUAUUUAUUUCACCUUUAUUUAACCAGGUAAACCAGUUGAGAACAAGUUCUCAUUUACAACUGCGACCUGGCCAAGAUAAAGCAAAGCAGUGCGAUAAAAACAACAACACAGAGUUACAUAUGGGGUAAAACAAAACAAAGUCAAAAAAAAUACAACAGAAAUACAUAUAUAUACAGUGUGUGCAAAUUUAGCAAGUUAUGGAGGUAAGGCAAUAAAAUAGGCUAUAGUGCAAAAUAAUUACAAUUAGUAUUAACACUGGAAUGAUAGAUGUGCAAGAGAUGAUGUGCAAAUAGAGAUACUGGGGUACAAAUGAGCAAAAUAAAUAACAAUAUAGGGAUGAGGUAGUUGGGCGGGCUACCUCAUUGAUAAGCAACUCUAGUGUAGAUUUGGCCUUGUGUUUUAGGUUAUUGUCCUGCUGAAAGGUGAAUUCAUUCCCCAGUGUCUGGUGCAGACUGAACCACCUUUUGCCUGUGCUUAGCUCCAUUCUGUGUCUUUUAUAUCCUGAAAAACUCCCCAGUCCUUAAAGAAUACAAGAAUACCCAUAACAAGAUGCAGCCACCACUAUGCUUGAAAAUAUGGAGAGUGGUGUUGUAUUGGAUUUUACCCAAACAUAACACUUUCUAUUCAGGACAAAAAGUGAAUUGCUUUGACAAAUUUUUUGCAGUAUUACUUUAGUGCCUUGCUGCAAACAGGAUGCAUAGUUGAAUAGUUUUAUUCUCUACAGGCUUCCUUCUUUUCACAUUGUCAAUUAGGUUAGUAUUGUGGAGUAACUUCAAUCUUGUUGAUCCAUCCUCAGUUUUCUCCUAUCACAGCCAUACAAUUCUUUACUGUUUUAAAGUUACCAUUGGCCACAUGGUGAAAUCCCUGAGCGGUUUCCUUCCUCUCCUACAACUGAGUUAGGAAGGAUGCCUGUAUCUUUGUAGUGACUGGGUGUAUUGAUACACCAUCCAAAGUGUAAUUAAUAACUUCACCAUGCUCAAAGGGAUAUUCAAUGUCUGCUUUUUUUUUUAACCCAUCUACCAAUAGGUGCCCUUCUUUGCGAGGCAUUGGAAAACCUCCCUUGUCUUUGUGGUUGAAUCUGUGUUUGAAAUUCACUGCUUGACUGAGGGACCUUACAUAUAUUUGUAUGUGUGGGGUACAGAGAUGAGGUAGUCAUUCAAAAAUCAUGUUAAACACUAUUAUUGCACACAGAGUGAGUCCAUGCAACGUAUUUUGUGUCUUGAUAAUCAAAUGUGUACUCCUGAACUUGUUUAGGCUUGCCAUAACAAAGGGGUUGAAUACUUAUUGACUCAAGACAUUUCAGCUUUUCAUUUUUUAUUAAUUUGUAAAGAUUUCAAAAAACAUAAUUCCACUUUGACAUUAUGGGUUAUUGUGUGUAGUCCAGUUACAAGAAAAUCUCAAUUUAAUCAAUUUAAAAUGUAGGCUGUAACACAACAAAAUGUGGAAAAAGUCAAGGAGUGUGAAUACUUUCUGAAGGCACUUUAAAUUUGUCCAAUGACAUGGUUGUCCCGCCCUCUCAAAAAAAUCACACCGGCCAGUUGAAUUAAGAUCAUGGUCUUCAUUAGAAACCAAGUCCCUACUGGCAAUCUAGUCGGAUGCCACAGGCCAUACCACGUCCAGCCCUGAAUAAAAUGGGCAUAUAGAAAUAAAAAUAUUUAUGAAGAGAUAUCGUCCCGAAUGAGAGGAAAAGGGUUCUCCCGUUCCCACGUCCAUUGCCAGUGCAAAAUCUAAUAUUUGAAAACAUCGUAGGCUACAGACAGGCCAAGGACUGUAAAAGCAGAAUUUAAACUGAACUAUACAUGUAUUGGGGAUGCAUGGGACAGAGUAUGAUGGAGUUGCAGCAGAACAGCAUAACAAGUGUAUGGCCAGGUAUAAUGUGUAGGCCUAAUUUUCCACCUGUAGGCUACCUUUAUCAGAUAUGAAAAUAAUACAUUGGUAUUGCAAUCCUUUCCUAUUUUAUUCUAUUCUUUAAUAUUCUGUGAAUCUUUGAGCAUUUUCCAGCUAUCAGUAAAGUGCAGAAACUGAUUUGUAAAGGCAUGAGCGAGGCCACUGUCCAAUAUAAUGUAGGCUUCAAUAUGAAGGCCUCUUUAAGCUACUAUUAUAUUUAUACUUUAUUCCUUUAUAAAGCCAUUUGCUUUACAUGCAUGCUUCUUUGCACUUUUUAUCAAUUGCCGCUUUUAUCCAUGCAUUUUCAGAAUAUGACCACUCGUCUUGCUUAUCCUAAUUAUUGAAGUUCCGUUAACGAAUUAUUACUGAUCAAUGAUUUGGCCUAUACUAAACAAUAAUAUGAAGACAACGUAUGUAAACAUCCAUGCGUAAAGAACAACACUGUCCAGACAUGUUUGGAUAAUGCAUUGCGCCAUUCAGAGAUGCACUUUGUAUCCUACCCUUUAACUAAAUCUGUUUCUGUUUUUACUGUGUGCAUUAGGACCUAAGUGUCAUUGUUUAUUGCAAUAAUUGUAUUUUAUACACACAUCCAGAUACUCAGCUCGUUUGUGUGGUGACUUUUUUAGGGAUUCUCUGAAUAUUUAUUUGUAUGGCUGUGGACAGGUUGAGGUUAUUGGGACAGUAGCCUAUUGCGCCCAGUCUUAAAUCAUUGAAUAACAAAUGUAGGCUGUAAUGAUGAGAGUAUAAAGCUAUUGACUAUAAAAGUGUGCUGUUUUCUGUCGAUUUCCACAGCUUGGGUCAUAACGGGAGGUCCAAGGCAGGUUGGAUUCAUUUGCAUACAGGGAGGGACCAGGAAAUCUGGUCACAAUACGGACGAAGUGGGCAGAGAAGAGACAUAUUUAAUUAAGUGUAGACAACAAAUCUCGAUCAGAUAGUGAUCAAAUCAUGAUCGGAUGACGACAACCAUGUGUAACCAUAGAAUAUGUGACAGAAGCCAUCUCGCAACAUCUCCCUCUCUCUCUGUUACAGAGCUGAAGGAUUUCAACCUUCGAAGUCCUGUGAAGGCAGGGCCCUUCAUGGCGGUGGACAUCCCCCACAAUAUCCUGCUAAAGUACCGCAGCCAUGGCCCCCCCAUCACCUGGACCCCUCUCAGCAUCAGUCAGCUGCGCUAUGUAGCUAAUGAGCUGGAUGGCCUGGCCGGGGGCUCAGACACUGUUGUAGUCAUCAGCGUUUGGGCCCAUUUUUGUACCUUCCCUGUGCAGGUUUACAUUCGCAGACUACGCCACAUUCGAAGGGCAGUGGUGCGGCUUCUGAACCGAGCUCCGGGGACUGUGGUUGUGGUGCGCUCGGCAAACCUCCGGCCCCAAAGCCUACAGGAGAGCCUCAAUGUCAGCGACUGGUUUUCGCUGCAGCUGGACGAGGUGAUCAAGGCCAUGUUCAGGGGCCUGAAUAUCAAGUUACUGGAUGCCUGGGAGAUGACCCUUGCCCACCACCUCCCCCACAAUAUCCACCCACGCCCUCCGAUCAUUAAGAACAUGAUAAACGCUAUCCUCUCUUGCGUCUGCCCAGUAAAGAACUAG